ACUUCCCUUUGGCUCUCUACGAUCAAUUUAUCUACAUAACAUAAUUAUUUUACUCGGAUCUUAACUAAAGUCGAUCGUUGUAUACAUAUUGUGCGGAAGAUGGGAAGAUCACCUUGUUGUGACAAGAAUGGAGUGAAGAAAGGACCAUGGACGGCUGAGGAGGACCAGAAACUUAUCGACUAUAUUCGAUUUCAUGGUCCGGGAAAUUGGCGUAUUCUCCCCAAAAAUGCUGGACUUCAAAGAUGCGGGAAAAGCUGUCGUCUUCGAUGGACCAAUUACCUAAGACCGGACAUCAAGAGAGGAAGAUUCUCGUUUGAGGAAGAAGAAACUAUCAUUCAGCUACACAGUGUUAUGGGAAACAAGUGGUCAGCAAUAGCAGCUCGUCUACCAGGGAGAACUGAUAACGAAAUAAAAAACCAUUGGAACACUCAUAUCCGCAAGAGACUUGUAAGGAGUGGCAUCGACCCUGUUACUCACUCCCCACGACUUGAUCUUCUUGAUUUGUCCUCACUUUUGAGCGUACUUUUAAGUCAACCAAACUUUUCAUCAGUUGCAACACAAGCGUCGUCUCUGCUUAACCCUGAUGUAUUGAGGCUAGCCUUUUUACUCUUCCCACUUCAAAACCCUAAUCCAAUUUACUCACCGAACCUUGACCAAAACCUUCAAACUCCGAUCACAUCGUCAGAGUCGUCUCAACCACAAACCGAGAGUACAACCCCAACAAACAAUGAAACUUCAUCUUUGGAGCCUAUGAAUGCAAGACUCGACGAUGUUGGUCCUGUAGAUGUAUUACCACCUUUGUCAGAGAGUUUUGACCUGGACUCGCUCAUGUCAACGCCAAUGUCUUCUCCACAACAAAAGAGCAUUGAAGCAGAAGCCAACCCCAGCAGUUUCUUCGACUUUGGUUUUCCGGACGAUUUCAUCUUAGACGACUUUAUGUUUUAAUAUAAUUUACAAUAUAUAUACUACGCAUAUGAUCCCUCCUUAUACAACAUCUUUUUCACACCUAUGAUUCUUUGUUGCAUUCUUUCUUUUGUAAAAUAUGUAAACA